UUCUCCCGGCUGAAGGCUGGAGCGCUCGAGAGGAGCGUGUUUGGGGGGGGAAGCAGCAACACGCCGCUGUUGUUUUUCCCACUAGAAGAAGAUUGAAACCCGUGGAGUGGUUAUUAUUAAUAUUAUUUUUUACUUCCCACUCCCACAUCUGUGGACUGACUGAGGGUGUCCACAACCGGGACCGCUACCUGCUGCCGUGGGAUUAAGUGCUGGAUGCCGUCGCCUGUGAGGACCUAGUACCUUGGAGGAAGCACAGCCAGACAAUCAUAGAGACGGGAUUCUCAGGGAGAGGAAGUUAUUUCCUGGUAAUCAGGGUGCAAUUAUUUUUUUUAAGUAAUGAGAUUUUUCCUUAGACGCUUCAGUCACGGAACGACUCUGACAGGUUAAGUCAACUUUUCCGGUUCUCACUUCUCCACACAAGAAAGGAGCACCCAAAACCAAAGAGGGUAUUUUUCCCCGGUUCCUGGUUUUUGGAUGUGCGUCCCUCCCCAGCGUGACCAGGCUUUUCCACAGGAUACAGAAAGAAGCUGCUGUGUAGAGUUUGAUCCGAUGUGCGCCUCUUAGGAAAUACUUGUUGUCUGUCGGGGGGCGCUGGACCUUGACGUUUGGACAAGGAGGCGGAGGGAAUCCCGGGACGGACCAUCCAAUUACCAAUCAGGGUCACAACAAGGACAGAAGAGAAUUCCAUGAGGAUAUCUGACUAAAAUGUUUAUUUUUUUUUACGCUAGGUGCCACUCACUUGCUUAGUUGUCACUAUUAUUAUUUUUCACACUGUGUAUACAAACCACAGUAGAAUUAUCCCAGAAGUAUGGAGGUAAUAUGGACAGGCGGAGGGCUAUAAGAGUCCAAAAUGUACCCCCCCAUCUGACCCACGUGUUUAAAAAUGUGUUGCCUGGAUACGGAUGAAAGUUUACCUGCCGGAAACCGCUACACCUGAGCCGGAUUACGCUUCUACUUUUUUUAAAAUAAAAAAAAAAAAAAUUCUUCACUGGUCAACCACCAAACCGCCAUCAUUUUCUCCAGCGGGUCUUUGGGCGCCUCGCGACGCCCUCCUCGCCCCGUUGUCCCCUCAACUGCCGCCAUGGAGGGUAGGGGGUCAAUGGAUUGGACGAUGGGUGGGUGCCACUAUCCGUCACCGACGCCGCCCGAGCGGGAUCGGCGGUACCAACAUAAAGUAUCUCUGGUGGUGCGCUACUUCAUGAUCCCUUGCAACAUCUGCCUGAUCCUGCUAGCCACUUCAACGCUGGGAUUUGCCGUUCUCCUCUUCCUGAACAACUACAAACCUCCUCACUUCACACCAGCCCAGCCUCCUGAUGGCUGCCGAGGGAUGCUGUGCGGCUUUGGCGCCGUUUGUGAGCGAGACCCCAGUGACCCCAGCGAGGCCCGGUGCAUUUGCAAAAGGGUGGAUUGCCCGUCCUUGGUGGCGCCCGUCUGCGGCUCCGAUUCGUCGACCUACUCGAAUGAGUGCGAGCUGGAGAAAGCCCAAUGCCACACCCAGAGGCGCAUCAAGGUGUUACGCAAGGGUCCCUGCUCUCUCAAAGAUCCCUGCGCAGAGGUGACCUGCAGCUACGGCAGCACCUGUGUCCAAUCCACAGACGGCUUGUCGGCGAAGUGCAUGUGCCCGCUGGGCUGCGAGGGCAAGCCAGAGCAGACGGUGUGCGGCAGCGAUGGGAACGACUACCACAACGAGUGCGAGCUGCACCAGUAUGCCUGCAAGAACCAGAAGAAUGUGAGGGUGCAACACCAAGGCCCAUGCGACCCCUGCAAAGACAGCGAGAACAGUCUGAACACAAUGUGCCGGGUGGAGGCCCUUACCCGACAGCCUCUCUUCUUCGGCUCGCCCGACUCAUGCCCGCCGGCUAGCGAGCCACUGUGCGCCAGCGAUGGCCAAACGUACCCCAGUGAGUGUGCCAUGAAAGCGUCCGGGCUGCAGAAAGGCGUCAAACUCAGGAAGCUUCACGCCGGCUGGUGCAGAAGGCUCGAGGAAUGUAAAGAAGAAUGCCGCUUCAACGCCGUGUGUCUGGUGGAGCAGCUGACCUCCCGAUGCUCGUGCGAUCCAAUCGAGUGCGACGGUACCUACAAGCCCGUGUGCGGCAAGGACGGUCGCACGUAUACUAACGACUGCAUGCGGCGCAAGGCCGAGUGCCACUCCAAGAGCCUUGUCCCCGUCAAACAUGCCGGGCCUUGUGAUCUCGACACGCCGAGCCCCUGCACGGAUAAGGUGUGCGAACACGGCGCUGUUUGCGUGGUGAAAAACAAUGAGCCCGUGUGCGAAUGCCCGGAAGCCUGCUCGCAAACAUCAGACCCGGUGUGUGGAUCCGACGGGCACAGUUACGGCAGCCCCUGUGAGAUGCGAGCCAUGGGCUGCGCCUUACAGAAGGCAAUCCACAUCCAACACAAAGGACCCUGUGAUGAGGCUUGUGUCAACUGCUCUUUUGGGGCAAUCUGCGACGCCCAGAGUGGGCUGUGUGUUUGCGCGACGGAAUGUGUGGAGUCCCACCAGCCUGUAUGUGGAAGCGACGGCGCCACCUACAAUAGCGAGUGCGAGUUGCAUGUGCGGGCUUGCCAAAAACAGACGGACCUCCGAGUGGUCGGCCAGGGAGAGUGCAAAACCUGUGGCAACACGGUGUGCGCCUGGGGUUCCCGGUGUGUCCAGAGCAAAUGCGAGUGCCCACAGUGCUCGGACGAAUCCUUCUCCCCGGUCUGCGGUAGCGACGGCACCACCUACGACAACGAAUGCGAGCUCCGCCUGUCCUCCUGCGUGCAGAAAAGAAGAAUUGACGCGGUGAAAGCCGGCAGCUGUGAUGAAGAUUGUGGAUCAGGAGGGUCCGGUUCCGGUGCAGAGAGCUGCGAGCUGGAUCGAUGUCGCUUGUUUGGAGGCUUAUGGGAUGAAGACGCCGAAGAAGACCGAUGCAUGUGUGACUUCACGUGCCACACCGUGCCUCACAUCGAGGUUUGUGGCUCUGACGGCAAAAGCUACAACAAUGAAUGUGAGCUGAAGAAGGCCAGAUGUGAGAAACAGGAGCACUUGACUGUUCAGCAUCUCGGACAGUGUGCAGUGACUUCAGCCACGUUGCUGCCAGAACCAACGGUGUUCCAGCACUGCAGCGCGUCGGUUUACGGAUGCUGUUCUGACAACAUCACAGCCGCCUUGGGAGUCGGACUGGCGGGCUGUCCAAGCACCUGCCAGUGUAACGUCUACGGCUCCUACAAGGGAACGUGCGACCCGGCCACCGGGCAGUGCUCUUGCAAGCCAGGCGUGGGGGGCCAGAAGUGCGACCGUUGCGAACCGGGCUUCUGGAACUUCCGCGGGAUUGUGACGGAGAACAUGAGCGGAUGCACACCAUGCAACUGCGAUGCCAACGGCUCCGUGCGUGACGACUGCGAGCAGAUGUCAGGUCUAUGCUCCUGCAAGGCUGGCGUGAAGGGCAUGAAGUGUAACGUGUGUCCAGAUGGAAGCAAGAUGGCCAUGAACGGCUGUGACAAAGGUCCAGAGGCUCCAAAUUCAUGUGACGAGUUGGUUUGCAGUUUCGGAGCGUCUUGCAUUGAAGUGAACGGUCAGGCCCAUUGCGAGUGUCCUUCACCUGACUGCGACGAGACCAACAAAACCAAGGUGUGCGGCUCAGACGGAGUUACAUAUGCCGACCAGUGCCAGCUGAGGACCAUCGCCUGCAGGCAGGACAAGGACAUCAGCGUGCAACACUUUGGACAAUGCACAGAGACCAUCUCCGAGCGGGCAGAGCGACCCACUCCGACCCCCUCACCCGCCGCCGCCAUCACAACGCCAGCCCCUUUCCACAUUAACAAGGUGUGGGCCAUCCCGCCUCCGAGAAUGGCCGAGACCGCCGAGACCACAGUGCGGCCCCCCACCACCACCACGCCCUCACCCACCCUCACCCACCACCGUGCUCAGGCAAACCACCACCACCACUCCAUCCACAUCCAGCCUCAGUCGCCGCGCUCCACCGCCGCCGCAUCUCGCACUAGCCCCGCCCCAUCCGCUGCCGCCAAUUCCAAUUUUGAUGGGUCGGGCAGCGGCGAGCCCAGUGGCGAUGACCAGGCCGAGGAAGAGGAGGAGCAGGAAGAGGAAGCGGGUAGCGGUCUAUCAGCAGAGGCCAGUGGGGCAGAGGAGAUUUUGGGUUCCACAGUGUCAAACAGUGCGAUACCCAUCGCUGACCACUCAUCGUCAUGUGACAACACAGAGUUUGGUUGCUGCCCUGACGGCGAGACUGCAUCCGGCACGCCAGAAGGCUUCAACUGUCCACCUACCAUAAAGUUCACUGGCUUCCUGCACUUGGACCAGGUGGAGGGACAGGAAAUGUUCUACACCCCUGAGAUGGAGGACCCCAAGUCUGAGCUUUUUGGCGAGACAGCCCGGAGCAUUGAGAGUGCUCUCAAUGACCUAUUCAGGAAGUCAGAGGUCCGCAAAGACUUCAUGAGCGUCCGUGUCCGUAACCUGGCUCCAAGCAACUCCAUCCUGGCCUUUGUGGAGGCUCAUUUCAAACCAGACACAAGAUACACAGUGGAGGACAUUGAGGGAGCGUUGCUUAAACAGCUGAAGGUGUCCAAGGAGACCAGCAUCGCUGUCAAGAAGCCAGUGGACGAGAAUAUACGCUUCAACAAUUAUGGCCUCUCCUCCAUGCCCUUCUACACCACCACCACCGCGUCAAUCACCACUCCUGCUCCCACCACCAGACAUCUGGUAACCUCCCCCUACAUCACCCGUCGACCCCCGGGCACAACCCGCAGGCCCAGCACCAGCAGACGGACCACCACCACUGCCUCUUCACCGGCUGUCACCACCACGGCACAACCCAUCAUCACCACAACAGCGAUGCCCCCCACCACCACCGCCGCCGUUGUCGCUCAUGUGUGGGACAGACUACACAAACACCACAGAGCCUGCGAGUCCCAUCCUUGUCUCCAUGGCGGAACAUGCGAGGAGGACGGAAAUGAAUUCAGCUGCAAAUGUCCUGCUGGGCGGGGGGGGCCUGUGUGUGAGAAAGUAAUGAAGUACUUCAUCCCAUCUUUCGGAGGCCAGUCCUACUUGGCCUUCCAGACCAUGACCGCCUACCACACGGUCCGCAUCGCCAUGGAGUUCAGGGCUGCCGACAUGACGGGCAUCCUGCUCUACAACGGCCAGGACGGCAAGAAGGACUUCAUCUCCCUGGCACUGGUUAAUGGCAAAGUGGAGCUCAGGUUCAACACAGGUUCGGGGACAGGCAUCGUGGUCAGCAAGGUGGACGUGACUCAGGGCCGCUGGCAUCAGCUCGUGGUGACCCGCAAUCGUCGUAGCGCAAUUCUCAGCGUGGACAACGAGCCUCAUGUGGAGGGCGAGAGUCCACGCGGGACGGAUGGCCUGAACCUGGACACCGACCUUUUCAUUGGAGGAGUACCAGAAGAAAUGAAACAGGACGUACGGGAGCGGACCACCGUUGCCUCAGGUCUUAUGGGCUGCAUCCGACUGCUGGACGUCAACAAUCGGGUGCUCAACCUGCAGGAGAGCGGCGGCGACAGUCUCUACGGCAGCGGCGUUGGCGAGUGCGGCAACAACCCCUGCCUGCCCAAUCCCUGCAAGAACGGUGCCACGUGUCAGGUCAAAGAGGCUGAGAUGUUCCACUGCCAGUGCAGCAAAGGAUUCUGGGGUCCAACUUGUGCUGACGUCCAUGACCCGUGCGAGCCCAACAGAUGCCACCCGUCCUCCCAGUGCCAGGCGCUCCCCGAGGGAGGCUACAAGUGCGAGUGUCCCAUGGGACGUGAAGGGAGGCACUGCGAGAGAGUGGCUGAGAGGAGAGGAGCUUACAUGCCAUUAUUCAAUGGCGACUCCUACCUGGAGUUGAAGGGUCUCCAUCUUUACGGCCAUGAUCUACGCCAAAAAGUCAGCAUGACUUUGGUUCUCAUGGCCAACAACUCCAACGGUAUGAUCUUCUACAACGGGCAGAAAUCAGACGGAAAGGGAGACUUCAUCUCGUUGUCACUAAAUGAAGGCUUCCUGGAGUUCCGCUACGACCUGGGCAAGGGGCCUGCGACCAUCAGGAGUAAAGAACCUAUCCAGCUGAACGUGUGGAACACGAUCAACUUGGAGCGUUCCAACCGCAAAGGAGAGAUCAUGGUGAACAAGAAGGAUGCUAUGCGAGGAGAGGCGCCGAACCUCCACGUGGACCUGAACCUGAAGGAGUCUCUCCUUGUCGGUGGAGCUCCGGACUACAGCCGACUAGCAAGAAGCGCAGCUCUCACAGAGGGCUUCAUGGGAACCAUCCAAAAGAUCAUUUUAAUGGGCACGCCCAUCCUCCGAGAGGACAACGCCCUUCGCUCCCAAAAUUUGGCCAUGUUCCAGGAGCACCCGUGUUCCCGGGAGCCCUGCCACAACGGGGGGCGCUGCAACCCCCAGUUGGACACCUACGAAUGCGUUUGCCUCAGUGGCUACUCCGGGGGACACUGUCAGAACACCAUUUAUGAGAAGUCUGCCGGGACGGAGACGGAAGCCAUUGCCUUUGACGGGCGGACGUUUAUCGAAUACCACAAUGCCGUCACCAGGAGUGAAAAGGCUCUUCUGGUGAACAAGUUCGAGCUCAGCAUCCGCACGGAGGCGACCCAGGGCCUGGUCCUGUGGAGCGGCAAGGGCAUAGAGCGCUCCGACUACAUCGCCCUGGCCAUUGUGGACGGCCGCGUCCAGAUGAUGUACGACCUGGGCUCCAAGCCGGUGGUGCUCCGCUCCUCCGUGCGCGUCGACACCAAUCGCUGGAUACGCAUCAAGGCCAGCAGAGCACUACGGGACGGAUCGCUACAAGUUGGCAACGAGGCGGCCGUGACGGGAUCGUCGCCCUUGGCAGCCACCCAGCUGGACACUGACGGGGCGCUUUGGUUGGGUGGUCUUGAGGAAGUAGCGGUUGCACGCCGUUUGCCCAAAGCCUACAGCACUGGCUUUGUGGGCUGCAUCAAGGACGUGGUGGUGGACGGCGUGGAGCUCCACCUUGUGGAAGAUGCCCUCAACAGCCCCCAAAUAUUACACUGUCCUGCAGGCAAAUAAAGAAAAUAGACAAGGGACAAAAAAACACAGAGAGAAAUGAGGAUUCAUAACGAUUUUCAAAAAUGAAUAAAUACACAAGAGCCCCUUUUCCACUCCCACCAUAGCACCUGCUGUAAUUAUUUUCUAUUUUUGUAUACUUUUCAUCACUUUUUAUAUGGGGAUUUUGUUUUAUUUCUUUUAUAUAUUUUGGUUUUAAUGCGUACCUCCAUCCACAUGCUCGUAUCAUUUUUUUUGUUGUUGUUUUUAAAUCCCAAGGUAACAAAAAAAAGCUCAUGACUUGAAUUCUCAUGAUUGUUUUUUUUACUUAAAUCACAGUGCCAUCAUUUUUUUUUACUAUUAAUACUUCUACUACUACAUUCCACCAUUGUCUGUUCCUAAUGUGAAAAUAACAAAUUCACAAAUAGCCAUUUUUACUCCCAUUGUUUUUUUUUUGCCCCCCCCAAAAUAAAAUAAAUGUUAAAUAAAAAAUAAUAAACAAAAUAUUCCUGACUAAAUCUAACAUCUAAAAUAUUCCAAAUAAAUAUAAAGUUUAUGUUUAUAAAUAAUACCUUUUACAGAACUCAUGAUGACCACUAAUAAUAAUAAUAAUAAUAAUAAUAAUGCAUGCACUUCUGGAGUCUUUUUCUUCUUUCAUCCAUACAAAACCUUCUCAAAUCACAUUUUUGUCUUAUUUUAUUUGCAGUAUUUUUGUUCCCCGGGAUGCACGUGAGUAAAAAAAGUAGUGUGGGACCCUCGCAAAGGAGAAAGUGACUCUUUAUCAUGGGAUGUAUCACGCCUGGCAAUAGUCAACAUACAAUCAAUGUCAACACACACACAAAAAGAGGUAAUUUCCUGUUUUUUAUAUAUAUAUUAAAAAAAAUAUAUAGUAUAUUCCACAUUCCUGGCUGUUGAGAGAGACUGUGAGCCCUUUUUUUGAAGCCAUAACAGCCACAAAGAUGAAUGAACUGUGCUGGUAAACUAACAAAAUACUGUAGUAGCGCAUGGGUUUGUAAGCAUUCAGUAAUGCAAUUGCUGGACUGCAUUAAUAAUAAGCUGUGAUUGAUGACUUCUUCUUUUUUGAUAUGAGAUCUUUGGCAAUAUAUUCUAUGACACACGUGGUUGAGCAUCAUAAAUGGUUAAUUAUGUUCCCCCCCUCUCCUCUGAAAUGAUGUUUUUUUUUGUUUUGUUUUGUUUUGUACAUUGUAAAUUUUAGUGUCAUCUGUGGAGGUUAAUGUUCUUUUUUUGGUUUGUUUUUAAAGUAAUAUACACUGGAGCCUGGAGUCUGUUCUGGCACUAAAACUAUAAUAAUCUGGUUUAUCUAAUCUUUCUUGUUAUUAACUAUGCUUUUUUUUUGGAAUUUGACCAAUCUGGGUGGUAAAUGCCUAAAAAAAAAAAAGAAUAUAUGUAUAUUUGUAUGUGGUGUCGAACAGUAAAGACACACGACUUCAUGCCAACUUGGAAUUGCCUUAAAAAGCCAUUAUGCAUUAUUUUAGCAAAUGCAUAAGAAUAAUUAUGAUAAAGAUUUUUUUUUUUUUUUUUUUAAUGAAAAGUGGUAUGUUCCUUAUUUAUGUCAAAAAGAGGAUGUCAACUACAGUGGCACCACAAACCUCCUCAAAGUUUAGUGGCAUGACCUGAACAUUACUAACUUUAUGACCUGUGUCUUGUGUUCCUACCGCCAUCAAAUAAAAUGUCGACCAAAAUGGA